UUAUUUAGUUACCAUAAUUAUGCUUAAUGCAUACUCAUGACGUUACAAUUUCGCAUAAUUAGCGCUACUUUUAAGACAAAUAUCUCAAGAACGGAUAAAGAUUUUUGAAAAAAAUAAAAAGAUUUCUAGACAACUUUCAAAGAUCUUUCAUAUGAGCUCAACUUGAUUUUUAGCGGGAGGUAACCUUUAAGCACGUUUCAAUGAGUGUUUGUGUCAAUUGCCUUGUGUUGAUUUGUGUCUAACUAUUUUUGUAAUCAGAUUUGUUACAAGAUAUUAUUAUUAUAUAUGUUGCUUAAAAAUCAAAUAAAGAAUCAAAUUUUGCCAAACUAACAAAUUUGGCAUUUUUAGAAUAUUCAAAUCCUUGCCUAUCGGUUUAGAUAUGCUUAUAUCUCCAUUUGCAGUGCAGCACAGUCAUGAUUGUUACAUUUAGUGGAAUAGAUAUUAAAUAUACAACAGUGUGACAUGCUUGAGAAACCAUUGUAUGAUAUGUUUUUAGUUGAGUUGUUUCUGGUAAUAAUUCAGUUCACCUAUCACUACGAUAAGGUGUUUGUCCUUGGUGCUGAUAAUGUUCCCCAUGAGCAUUUAAAAUAUUACAAAAAAGAUCUACAAGAAUGUCAUAUCAAUGAAGCCACAUGUCAGCAUCAGAAAAAAUGCUGGGGAUACGAAAAAGACUGCAAAGUUGAAGAUUACUUCUCUUAUCCUGUGUGUGACGAUAUUCAUCAUGGAUGGGCCAAGACAUUAGAAGAGCAACAACUAGUGUUUUGGAAUCAGGCUGAUUUUGGUUAUGUUAAGAAAAGGCUUGACACCAUGAAGUUCAUAUGUAAACCUGUAAAUGAGAUUGAUUCCUCCCUAAAAUGUAGUCAAAAUUGGGACUACUGUGCAGCUACUAAUCUCUAUAUGGACUUCAGAAGGAAAGAUUUUUCAAUCAAUGAAAGGUUCCAUGAAAAUUUUUUCAAUGAAAGAGAGCUUAGUGGUUCCUGUAGCAUAAAUAAAGAUUUAAUCCAAAAGGGUGUGAAGCAUAAAGGAGAAUUGCAGUCUUGGUAUGCAGAAUUAAACACGUUUUCAACUUCAGAAAAAAAUCAUAUUGUUGAUGAAACCUGUGAUGAAGUUGUAACAAAGCCAACAAUAUUUAUGAAACUUGAUGCAGGUGUAAAUAUGUAUCAUCACUUUUGUGAUUUUCUCAAUUUGUACGCAUCACAGCAUGUAAAUAGAAGCUUCUCAACUGAUAUCUUUAUUGUUAUGUGGGAUACUUCUAGCUUACCAUACGGUGAUAUAUUUCCAGAAGUUUGGAAUGCUUUCACUAGACAUCCUUUAAAACGACUAAGUGAUUUUGCUGGCAAAAAGGUCUGUUUUAAAGAUGCCAUGUUUGCAAUGCUUCCUAGAAUGGUUUAUGGUUUGUUUUAUAAUACUCCAUUGGUUCAACAUUGUCGUAAAAGUGGGUUGUUUAAAGCUUUUUCAGAACAUGUCUUACAUCGUUUGAAUAUCACACGAAGCGAGUAUGAAGAGGAUGCAAUUCGAAUAACGUUGCUUAAGCGAAGUACAAAAUACAGGAAGAUAAUUAACGAAGAGGAGUUGAUUGGUGCUAUGACUCGUGUGAAGGGAAUCAAAGUUACACCUGUUGAUUAUAAAUACAGGGAAAUGAAUUUUUUGGAACAGCUAAAGAUUUCGCGUAACACGGACAUCUUUAUCGGAAUGCAUGGUGCUGGCUUGACACACUCGUUGUUUCUACCUGAUUGGGGAGUGCUGUUUGAAAUUUACAACACUGAAGAUGCUGGCUGUUACAAAGAUUUGGCACACCUGAGAGGUUUAAAAUAUUUGACGUGGGAACACAAGGAACUACUUUUUCAACAAGAUAAGACUAACGACCAUUACACAAUAUGCUUUAUAACAAAGUAAUGUACGAUGAAAGUUUACUAGUUUUUCUGGCUUUAAUAUUAUUUGCAGGGACACCACCCUACACUUGGAGAGCAUCCAAAAUUUACUAAUUACGCUUUUAAUGUUGAUGAGUUUAUGCGUUUGUUGACUAUCGGUAUAAAACACGUGUUAACGAAGCGACCUCAUAGUGACGUAUGAAAUGGCUGAAAAGUUUUUGUAGAUUUUUUAGUUUGUUAUUUUGUAUAUAUAUAACGAUGUAUUUUUGUAUAAAUAAUUAUAUAAAUAUAUAAGUCACAUAAUGA